UCUGGGGCUCGUGUCUGCGGGGAAGGGCUGGGCAAGAGGUCCGAGAGGUGGUCAGAAGGUCAACCUGCCCCAUCUCCAUCUCUUAUGAGAUGAGUGACUCCCAAGACCCCACCACUUCCCCUGUAGUUACCACCCAGGUAGAGCUGGGGGGCUGCAGCCGGCAAGAUGGGGGCAAUGGGUUCCUCCGUUUUCGCCAGCACCAGGAGGUCCAGGCCUUCCUCAGCCUUCUGGAGGACAGUUUUGUCCAGGAAUUCCUCUCCAAAGACCCCUGCUUCCAGAUUUCAGAUAAGUAUCUCCUGGCCAUGGUGCUGGUCUACUUCCAGCGCGCCCACCUGAAGCUCAGCGAGUACACCCACAGCAGCCUGUUCCUGGCCCUGUACCUUGCAAACGACAUGGAGGAGGACCUGGAGGGGCCCAAAUGUGAGAUUUUUCCAUGGGCCUUGGGAAAAGAUUGGUGUUUACGAGUGGGGAAAUUCCUGCACCAGAGGGAUAAGCUUUGGGCACGGAUGGGUUUCCGGGCUGUUGUGAGCCGCCAGUGCUGUGAGGAGGUCAUGGCAAAGGAGCCAUUCCACUGGGCUUGGACUCGGGACCGGCGCCCCCACCAUGGUGGGGUUCAGAGGGUCUGUCCACAGGUCCCUGUUCAUCUUCCCCGGGGUCCUGGCCUCUCGCCGCCCCACUGUUCCCCCUGUGGCUUGCCCCAGCACUGCAGCCGCCAGCAGCUUAAGCCUGUGUCAUCCAAGUGCCCUUCUCUGACCUCGGAGUGUCAUCGUCCUCCUUCCCAAAAUUAUCUCUCAAGGGUCAAAAACGCCUGGGGUGGGGACUUUCUCAUCGUCUUGCCCCCGCAGAUGCAACUGGAACCAGGCACCUACUCCCUCCGCAUCUUCCCAAAGCCUCCGGCACGCCCGGGGCACUGAAGCCCUGCAGGGUGAAGAACAGCACGCCUGCUGGCCCGCUGACUGACACACCACUGGCUGUGCCCCCACCCCUGCCCCUUCCUCCCAGCCCGCAG